GCUUGCCACUAUGGGCUCUCACGGUCGGGUUCGCUUUGCAAAGUGCCAGCUGCUGGCCACCUGCUUCUUCACCCUGCUGCUGGGCCUCACCAUGGGCAUCCUGACCGUCCUCACCCGGUUCGGGGACCGCUUUGUCAUCCUCCAUGCUGUCUCCUCAGAGAGCGACCCCUACGGGCCCAUGUACCACUGGGCUUUCUCCCUGGGCAUCUUCCUGACCUCGAUGCUGACCCUGGGGCUUGUGCUGAGCACCCUGGGUGUGGUGUGGGAAGCCAAGGGCCUUCUGGCUGGGGGCUUCGUUUCCUUCACCCUGGUGUUCUUCGUGGCAGUGCAAGUGACGUUCUGGAGAUACCGGGAGCCCUCCAAGGUGGAGAACACCAUGCUUGACACCUACGACCUGGCUUAUGAACAGGCGAUGAGGAACGUCUCUGACAUCUGGUGGCAGAGGCUGGUAGCCAUCCAUGACACGUUUGGCUGCUGUGGAAAGAGCUCACCUCUCAGCUGGCUUGGACAUGAGGAAAAGGCCUUGUGCAGGGGAGUCCAGCAGAGAGAGGGCUGCCUCCAGGAGAUCAGAAGCUUCGUGAGGGAGCACUUGGCCUUAGUCACCCUCCUGUUUAUCAUCACUCUGGCCCUCAUGGUUUAUGGAAUGUUCCUCACCUCCUUCCUCUGGCUGACCAUCCACUACGGCAGGAACCUGGACCGAAAGGGCCACUACACACUGACCACCCAGUAGGGCCUGGCUCAGGCUGACCCAGGGGCUGCUGCCAAUGGGGGAGUCCUCUUUCCUUCCUUCAGUCCAGCCAGGAGCCUGCCCAAGGAUGGAGGCAGCCAGCCCUGCCAGGAGCCCUUGGCAGUGUGCUGGCCACCUGUGGCUUAGAGGGGAGAGCCCUAGAGGUGAAGUCAGCCACUCCCCACUGCCUGCGGGGCCUAGGACAUGCCAUUCCUUCUUGGAACCUCAGUUUCCUUAUCUGUCCAGAAGAACGAUGAUAGCUGCAUUCUCUCCCUCUCAGGACUUUAUGAGAAAAGUGCUUAAUGAACUUCAAAAAGCAAGAAAAGCUCAACAGUUGCCAGCUGGGGCCAGGACCCCCUGCCCCUCUCUGCGCCCCUCCUCUCUCUCGCUGAGCUCCAAACGAUCCAGCGGUGACCACACUCAACAUGCUAGAAUGGGGAGUCUUUGCUUGGGCUCUCGGGGCACCUAGAGGGUGUGUGGGUAGAUUGCAGGGGAUCCUGGGAACUUCUGA